UCGUCCCACCACUGCAUGAUGAACUUCCCAGCCGACAACCUUAUGCAGGAUGAUCGAGUGAACCAUUGGAACGACAUUUGGAUGAAACCAUCGAUAUUGGACACUACCCUCUAUGGUUUUAAGGACCUCACUUACCAGGAUGUUACACCUGCGUGGCUUACCAACAUACUAUUCCCGACCGAUUUGGAAAACUGGUCGCCAGAGAAGAUGAAGUUUACCACUCAAAUUAUGCGUGAAUACUGGUGGGCUUCUUGGGUGGUAGUCGCCUUUUACCUCCUCGGAAUUCUGGUGGGUCAGCGUAUGAUGAAGAAUCGUCAAACGUUGAAAUUAAAGAAGCCGCUUGCCAUGUGGAACCUCUUCCUCGCUGUAUUCUCCUUUAUUGGUGUCACUAGAACUCUCCCAUUGUUGUUGGCUGGUACGUGGUACAAUGGUCCCCUUUACUUUGUAUGUCGUAAUGCUAGUGAUUCGUAUGGCAGGGGGCCUUGUGGCUUGUGGAUAAGCCUGUUCAUGUACAGCAAAUAUGUUGAGCUUGUUGAUACUGCCUUCUUGGUGUUGAGGAAGAGGAAUGUUAACUUCCUUCAUUGGUUCCAUCAUGCUACUGUAUUGCUCUACUGUUGGCAUGCAGGAGCCUAUGAACAGCCUACCGGUAUCUUCUUCGCUACUAUGAACUAUAUGGUCCAUUCUAUUAUGUAUUUCUACUACUUCCUAUCAUCAGUUGGUCAUAAGCCUAGGUGGGGCCUCACCGUUACCAUCUUACAGAUCUCUCAAAUGUUUGCUGGUAUGUUUGUGGUAGCAGUACAUUACUACUCCAUCUCUCAUGUUCCCAAUUGUGACGGUGCUUACGAGGAUCUCGUUGUUGCCUUCUUGAUGUAUACAGCUUAUAUGCUUCUCUUCGUACAGUUCUUCGUUGGACGUUAUAUGGCGCCUAAGAAGGUCGGUAACACUAAGAAGUCGGAUUGACCUCUUACAUUGAAUUUGUGUGGAGCACCCAUUAUCACUGUGAUAGUCGAGGUUUGUCCAUCGUUGAGAAAACGAUAUCGCCAUUCUUUCGUCAACAUCAAUCUGCUUAUACGUUGCUACUACUAUUACAUGAGCAGUGAUAGUCGGUCCUAGUUGUCGGUUCAGUUGGUAUGUUAAUCAUAUCGUUGGAUAGUCUUUGAUUGAUGUCUAGAGCAGUAGUGGUGGUAAUAGUCAGUACAGUGGAAGUGCCGUUCUACUCAAUACCAUUUGCAAUUCAUACUGUUUUCACUUCAAUAAGACAGGCUUGAUUUUCGUGGUUGUCGUCGUCGUCGUUGUCGUUACCACACUACUGCUAUAACGUUGCAAGUAUGAAUACUACCACUACUCCUAUCUGAUCAUCAUCAAUUCAUCGAUAUCAUCGCACUUUGCAUCGACUACUACUGCUAGUAUUACGAACUUAUUGAAAUUUUAUAUCGCUUACGGUUUCCCUUGGCAUUCGAGGCUUUAGGCAGUAUCACC